AUGAGCUCAAAUAGUAAAAAAGUUUGGAAAGAUAACCUAGAUCAUUUUGUAACAAAUAUUCAAGAAAACAUAGAUAAAACUGUUUCUAAAGAAGUCAUUAUAGCCAACGAACAGACUAACAAACUCCUUUGCGAGUUGGAAGAAUUAAAUAAAAAACAACAAGACCAGCAAAAUGGUAUUAUUGACCAAGAAGAUUUGAUCAAAAAAAGGAAGCAAUUUUUAAAUAUGAAAGAAAACAUGAGUGAAAAAAUAAAAAAUAUUGAGACACAUGUAGAUCGUUUAGAAAAAAUGUAUGAUGAUCUUAUAAAUUAUCAAAAAAAGGUCAAAAAGUCAAAAAAAUGA